CCCAAGAGCCUCACGGGGACCCUCUCCCAGCAGCUAAGGCGGCGACGCGGGCAGCGGCGAGGAUGGAGGCGCCCCUGGUGAGCCUGGAGGAGGAGUUCGAGGAGGGCCCUGGCGGGGACGGCGGUGGCGGGGGGCCCCCGCGGGGCCCGGCGGACCCGGCCCUGGCCGAGCUCGAGAGCUUCUCGGCCGAGAUGAUGAGCUUCAAGUCGAUGGAGGACCUGGUGCAAGAGUUCGACGAGAAGCUCACCGUCUGCUUCCGCAACUACGACGCCGCCACCGAGGCGCUGGCGCCCGUGCGGGGCCGCCUGCAGGCCCAGGAGGAGGAGGAGCACCUCCAAGAUGAGGAGGUUUGGGACGCCCUCACCGACAGCUUCGCGCCCCCCGGCUCCCCCCGGCGCUGGCUGCUCCCCGACACCGAAGCCCCCAGUGAUAGCGACACCCAGCUCUGCGGGAAGGAAGAGGAGGAUGAGGAUGACGAGGAGGAAGAGCUCACCGAGAGGAGCGAGCAGGACUCCGGCAUCAACGAGGAGCCGCUGCUGACGGCGGAGCAGGUCAUCGAGGAGCUGGAGGAGCUGAUGCAGAGCUCGCCCGACCCCGAGGCCGAUCCCGAGGCCGAAGACGAGGAGGAGGAGGAGGAGACGGAGACGGAGCUGGCGGACGACAGCGGGGGCGCGGAGCCCAUCGUGCUGCGCGAGCUGCGCGCCUUCUCGCCCGCCCUCAACAACAACUGCUCCCACGAAGUUGCACCAUGCAUUUUGCUAAUUGCACAU